AAGAACAAAGCAGCUCCCGAGGUCCAAGCUUAAACAUCCGUCAACCUGGAAGCAAAGCACCACCGGCCCGGGUUCUGUCUACCCAGCAGCUUUGAACAGCCGUCGAGCGGCUCGCCAUGUACUAAUACUAACCAGCAUAGCUAGCCCUAAUGGUAGAACGACAUGUCCGAGAUAGCAGUUGGCCAAUACAUUCAGCUCAGCGACGGCCGCAAUGCGAUCGUCCGCUUCGUUGGCCAGACCCAGUUCGCCGUGGGUGAAUGGGUCGGAGUCGAGCUCGAAGACGACUCGGGGAAAAACGAUGGCGCUGUCCAGGGCGAGCGAUACUUCGACUGCCCGCCUGGGAGGGGCAUGUUUGUGAGGCCUGCUGCAGUCACCAUACUGCAGGCGGCUCCCACUGCCUCGAAAGCAGCCGCCCCUAUCCGUCGAGGUUCUCGAGCAAGUAUCGCGCCGGGCGCUACAAAUCGGCCACCGUCUGUUACAGACCCAUCUCUUGGGAAAAGAAUGAGCUUGAAUGCCCCCAGUCCGAGCCCGGUGCCACGGGCAUCUCGCCCAUCUAGUAUAGCUAGGUCUCCGACGAAAUCUCCUACAAAACAACUAGUUACGGCCCCGUCGAGUACAGCUACCUCCCGAACCGGCACCCCAUCGAAUGCUCGACCCUCAGGUGUUGGUGUGAAACCCCGCCCCUCGAUUGGAGUAAGAACAUCCAUGGGACCGCCUGCACUUCCACCGGCUGGGGCGAAGCGACGAACUUCUACCACUGCAUCUACAUCCUCCACAACUGCUCCAAGAUCAGUUAGUGGUGUUACAAGACCUGCGGCCGGAAGAGCGUCAAUAGGGGUAAACCAGCGACUUACGCGUCCUGUUUCUGGGAGAGUCUUAUCUGGCGGAUCUGCUUCAGGUAAUGAAACUGGUGAUAGGUCAGGAGUCAGUUCACCCUUUAAGAGUGACGGAGAACAAACUAAUAGCCCGGUGCGGUCCCGCACGAAAGCUCUAGAGAAGCUCACAUCCGGUGGUACCUCUGCAUUAUCAUCGAAACCACCAGGAAGUGCGACCACCUCUCGAACGCCAGGGACAGCUAACUCGACAACGCGAACGGGAGCUAGUAAUGCGUUAAGUAGAGAGAAUGAGGAUCUCAAGACAAAGCUCAAGGUCCUUGAGCGCAAAAGAGCAGAGGAUCGCGAUAGACUUAAGGAAAUGGAACGAAUUCAAGAACAGCGCGACAAAUUCGAAGCCAUUAACAAAAAGAUUGAGGGCAAAUUUCAAUCAACGGUACAAGAUAAUGUUGCACUACGAAAACAGCUGAAGGAGGCGGAAGACCGGCUUGGCCAAGUCGAAGAGCUGCAAGCUGAGCAUGACUCCAUCAUGGAGCUAGCAACCUUGGACCGCGAAAUGGCAGAGGAAACCGCUGAGGUCCUUAAGGUUGAGCUGGAGGCUCUGAAGCAAAAAGCAGAGGAGUUAGAACUAGAGGUUGAGAUUCUACGGGAAGAAAAUACCGAAUUCUCAAAUGGUAUGUCGCCGGAAGAGAGAGCGAGCACAGGGUGGCUGCAGAUGGAGCGGAAUAACGAGCGAUUGCGCGAGGCCCUAAUCCGGCUUCGGGAUCUUACCCAGGAGCAGGAUGAGGAGAAUAGGGCGCAAAUUAAGUCUUUAGAAAAGGACCUGGAAGAAUUUGAGGCUAUUAAGGAGCAGUAUCAAAUUGCCAAGGAAAAGCUUCUAGAGUCGGAAUUGCGAGCCGAGGACCUGCGACAACAACUCGACGAUAAUCUAGGAGCCGAACAGAUGAUCGAGCAGCUGAGUUAUGAGAAGCUCCAACAAUAUGAGCAGAUGCAGGAACUGAAAGCCGUAAUCGAAGAUCUCGAGGCUUUGAAGGAGAUCAACGAUGAGCUCGAAGUAAACCACGUCCAGAAUGAAAGAGAGAUGCAGGAAGAACUUGACUUCAAAGACAACAUCAUUACCGAGCAAGCUCGACGGGCAGUUGAAAAGGAUGACAACAUCGGAGACCUGGAAUACACACUGUCGCGGUUCCGAGAGCUUGUUACAAAUCUACAGUCAGACCUCGAAGAUUUGCGUGCCUCUCGCGCUGUUAACGAAGCCGAAUCAGAGCAGCUCAAUAGCAAUGCCCGGCUCAUGAUGGAUCUUAAUCAGAAACUUCAGAUAUCAGCCGCCAAAACCCAGAUCAAGACUAUUGAUCUUGAGAUGCAGCGAAUGGGGGCUCAAGAAGCGCAGCAGCACCUUGAUAUUGUCAAGCUAUUUCUGCCAGAAACCUUCAACACUGACCGAGACUCCGUUCUUGCAUUGUUACGAUUUACGAGGUUAUCCUUCAAAGCGAAUCUGUUGCAUGGUUUUAUCAAAGAACGAGUCGGCCAGCCACAUCCAGGGCAUGAAGACGAUGUGUUUGCGGGCUGCGAUGUACUAGACAAGCUUACAUGGGUAGCUGCGAUGUGCGAUCGUUUCGUUAACAACAUCAGUCACUGCUCGUUGGAGGGCUUUGCUAAGUAUCAGGCUGCUUUAUACGAGCUUGAGCCUGUCGAGAGGGCUCUAAAUAAUUGGAUUGAAGGCCUCAAGAGAGAUGAACUGAGGGAGAAACAGUGUGCUGAUGAGCUCCAACGUUCUCUUGCUCUCAUGACCCAUCUCGGGGAAGUUCAUAUCUCUGAGGGACUCGAAAGCUUCGCAGAUGAGGUACAGAUGAAGACAAUGCUAAUGCAAAGCCACUUGGAGUCAGCGUCCACAGCCUUCGGUGUCACGAAGGAAAUGGUCCAGAGACUGGUAGUAGCUAACGGCGAUGACGAUGAACACUCAGAGCAUUUUGCUAAGCGUGCAGAUGCAGUCAUUAGCCAGACACGUAGCGCGAAGGUUAUCGUUUCGAAGGCAGUCCGGUCGCUUGAGGACCUGAGAGCGAGAUCACUCGCGCUUACACCUGAGACUGCAGAGGCCUUUGAGCAGUGUGAAGCUGCUAGUCGAGAAUUAGGCGAAAUGUCACGGCUAAUUGGCCUUGACUUGCAUAAAUUACUCACUGUAGAGGGCCGUGAAGAACCGUUCAAGCAUUCAGAAGUACAGGACACUGUACGAAAUACUGUCAUGACCUCUUUCUCGUCUGCAGAGUCUGAUCUAUUCUCGACCUAUCUUUCUAAGCUCCGAACCCUUACCAGUCAGGUCACUGAUCUUGCUGCUGUCUGUGCCGAUUUAUCACAGACCCAAGAGUUCGAACGGAGUCCUGCACCCUGGAUUCUCCGAGCCCAAGAGCUCAAGGCUCUUAAGACUAUACCUGUUGAUGCAGAAGAAGAACUUCGUCAACUCAAGGACCAUUACAACCAAGCUCGCCGUGAGAUUGCUUUACGUGAUGAGAACCUUAGUACUGCCACUUUACGUAUCGAAACUCUGGAAGCCCGCAUGCGUGAUGCCAAUGCCAAGGCCUCCCGUAUGUCAGAUCUUGAGGCACAGAUCAUGGAUGCCCAAGGCCAGGUUGAUCGUCUCAAGAAGGACAUUGAACAACAAGACCGCGAGGCCAAGACCCUCGAAGCCGAUCGUGACAAGUGGAAGAAGAUUGCUGGCGAUAGCAGAAUCUAUGGCGAUGCAUCUGACUCAACCGGAGCUAGAGCCGGCCAAGAACGUGCAGUCGCUACUGCUCGUGAGAUGGAUGCUCUCAAGAACGAUAUUACAAACUUGCAAGCUGCUGUACGCUAUCUGAGGGAAGAUAACCGCCGGGCUCGCUUAACCGAGCAGCCGAAGUACGAUUGGCUUGCUGAGCCACUGAAGAAACCCAACCCUAUUGCUGAACAAAGAAAGGGCCUGGUCGCUGCGGAGGGCAAAGACGUGCUAACCGAGCUCCUGCAUAUGGCCACCUCUGCAAAGAUAUAUGACUUGAAUGCUCUUCCAAAGGACAAGAUGGCAUGGAAACCUGCUAAGGUGACACCACAAUACCACGCUGCCAGAUUGGCAGAAGACUUUGCAGCCUGGAAGAGCUGGGAAGCCUCCGUCAGGCAGAAGACGCGCAUGGUCAUGGGACAACAACAGGGACGCAAGCAGGACCUAGACCAUACGAAGAUGAGGAAAGCCGCGGCGAGGUUGCAAAUCCGCUUGCCCGAUAUGAAUGGGAAAAUGAUUCCCAGCAGUGGUAACGAUGUACAAAUAGUAGGAUCCCGAGAGUGGGAGGGCCUACAGGGACGACUUGUUGCUUAGUGAAUGAAGAAUAAGAUUGAUGAUCAAGGCUGUAGAACUAACUCAGCUGGAUACUUGUAGAACUAAGUCUUGGAGGGUCCAAGCAUCGUUUUAGUCGGUCUCGUUCUACAGAAACGUUCAAGUAACAUUAGAUACCCCCUUCUUUUGUAUUACCAGACAGCAUAUGAAAAUGGAAUCUUUGAAGCCAGUUGACUGGCUGUA